UUUAAUUUGCAGAAAAUAGUUGUUAUUGAAAGAAAUGGGAGAAUUUUGAAAUUUGUCAAUUGGUUUUCUCUCUUUCUUCCUUGCUUCUAUGUUUCCAUACCAAACGGUUACCUUCCCCGCAAUGCAGUUCAGUACUUAAAGGAAUCACUUGACAAGCCAUUUUCCAUAAAACUCGCAAACGACACUGCCAAACCUCCCUCACCUGCAACAAUGUCUGGCCGCGGCUCUAAGCAAUCGGAUUUCAACCGUCCGCCGCAAUCCGCGGCUUCUUCUUCCGCUGCCGGAGGCCGAGGCCGAGGCCGUGGUCGCGGCCGCGGCGCACAUUCCGCGCCGUCUCCUCCGACUCAAACAUCGCACCCUCCUUCAUACGCUGCUUCUCCGGCCCCGCCCACCGCCGCUCCUCCCCGAGCGGUGGCGCCUGUCCCUGCAUCAACGGGGCCGGGUCCAUCCCGCCCUCCGCCGGUUCAAUCCUCGCCGGCGCCAGUUUCUGGAUCGCCAGCGGUUGCUACAACAACGUCGCCGUCUCCGGCGGUUGAAGCAGUUACUUCGGCGCUCGAGAAGCAACUGUCAUUGGCGCCGUCGGCACCGUCGUCGUCGAAGGCUGUGAGAUUCCCGGACCGGCCAGGAAUAGGAAGAUCGGGAAAGAAGAUCCAAGUGCGAGCCAAUCAUUUUCAAGUCCAAGUUGCGAUGUUGGACAUUUAUCACUACGAUGUAGCGAUUUCUCCUGAGAUUACUUCGAAAAAGAUCUCCAGAGAUAUUAUUAAUUUGUUGGUUCGAGCACACCGUGAAUCGAUUCUGGGAAAUCGCAUGACCGCGUAUGACGGACGGAAGAGUCUUUUCACCGCUGGACCUUUGCCUUUUGAAGUUAAGGAAUUUAAGGUCAAGCUGGGAGAUAACGAUGAACCAGGGUCUUCUGCCACUCCUACUUCUGAUAGGAAAAAGCGUGAACGUGAGUUUAGGGUCACAAUACGAUUUGCUUCGAAGACCGACCUUCAUCAUCUGACUCAGUUUCUUGCUCGCCGGCAGUUGGACUGCCCACAGGAAACGAUUCAGGCUCUUGAUGUUGUACUCCGGGCUACACCUUCUGAGAAGUUUGAUGUGGUUGGGAGAUCCUUUUUUUCUCCCGCAUUGGGACCAAAAGGACCUUUGGGUAAUGGGACUGAAUAUUGGCGGGGGUAUUACCAGAGUCUCCGCCCAACUCAGAUGGGCCUGUCUCUUAAUAUUGAUGUGUCAGCCAGGGCGUUUUAUGAGCCCAUUCCUGUCCUUGACUUUAUUUCUAAGAAUUUUAGACUCGAUCUUCGCAGGCCUUUGCAUGAUCAGGACCGAGUUAAGAUUAAGAAAGCUUUGAGAGGAGUCAAGGUCCAAGUUAAUCAUGGACAGAAUAUUAGGCGUUACAAAGUUAGUGGACUUUCCAAAGAACCCCUCAGAGCCUUAAUGUUUACUGAUGACAAUGGAACAAAAAAAUCCGUUCCUCAGUAUUUUCAAGAGAAAUAUAAUAUUUCAUUACAGUAUACCCAGCUUUCUGCUCUUCAAGCUGGUAGUGACACCAAGCCAAUUUUUUUGCCAAUGGAGCUUUGUCAAAUUGUGGCUGGACAGAGAUAUACCAAAAAAUUAAAUGAGGAUCAAGUAUCCGCCCUUUUAAGCGCAACACGCCAGGGUCCUCGUGAUAGGGAGGAUUCCAUCAGACAGAUUGUGAGGCAGAGCAAGUUCAGUACGGACAAAUUUGCCCAGCACUUUCAAAUUAAAGUCAGGGAGGAUCCGGCAUUGCUUGAAGCUCGUGUUUUACCUCCCCCUAUGCUUAAAUACCAUGGAUCGGGUGGUGAAUCACAGGUUCAGCCAAGGAUGGGUCAAUGGAAUAUGAUUAAUAAGAAAAUGAUUGCUGGUGGCACUGUUGAACACUGGACUUGCCUAAACCUAUCUGGAAGAAUACACAGGGAUCUGCCAUAUCAACUUUGUCAGAAUUUGGCUGAAAUGUGUAACAGCAAGGGAAUGCGGUUCAAAGAAAGUCCUGUAGUGCCUAUAACAUCAUCUCCAAGUGGUCAAAUAGAGAAUGCUCUUAUGAACCUGCAUAAGCAGUGCAAACAGGCGAACGUAGGGCUCCAACUCUUAAUAAUAAUUUUACCUGACAUCAAGGGUUCUUAUGGGAAAAUAAAGCGCAUUUGUGAAACAGAAUUAGGAAUAGUAUCUCAGUGUUGUCAGCCCAAGCAAGUGGUCAAAAUGAACAAGCAAUAUCUUGAAAAUCUGGCCCUCAAGAUAAAUGUGAAGGUGGGAGGAACGAACACGAUAUUGAAUGAUGCAUUUGCUAAUAGAAUACCUCAUGUAUCCGAUGUACCGACUAUAAUAUUUGGUGCAGAUGUUACGCAUCCCCAGCCUGGAGAGGACAGUAGUCCUUCCAUUGCUGCAGUGGUGGCAUCCAUGGAUUGGCCUUUCGUAACAAGGUACAAAGGAGUUGUGUCUGCUCAGAAACAUCGGGAAGAAAUUAUACAAGAUCUUUUUAUUCAGGAUCCGGCCGGGGGAAAUGCACAUUCAGGAAUUAUCAGGGAGUUGUUUCGAGCUUUCCGGCUUUCAACUCGUCGUAAACCGGAGAGAAUUAUAUUCUACAGAGAUGGGGUCAGCGAAGGACAGUUCAAUCAAGUGCUUCUUUAUGAGAUGGAUGCCAUAAGACGGGCAUGUAACUCUCUAGAAGCGGAUUACUUACCCCCGGUUACUUUUGUGGUGGUCCAGAAGAGGCACCACACUCGUUUGUUCCCUAUGGAUCACGGAGGUCGUGAUUCUACAGAUAGAAGUGGAAAUAUAAUGCCAGGGACUGUAGUUGACACAACCAUAUGUCAUCCUCGGGAGUUUGACUUUUAUCUGAAUAGUCAUGCUGGAAUCCAAGGAACAAGCAGACCAACUCAUUACCACGUAUUGUUCGAUGAGAAUAAGUUUACUGCUGACGAGUUGCAAAUUUUAACUAAUAAUUUGUGUUAUACCUAUGCAAGGUGUACACGAUCAGUUUCAAUAGUUCCUCCCGCAUACUAUGCCCAUUUGGCAGCUUUCCGUGCUCGCUAUUACAUUGAAGGUGACACCUCUGAUGCUGGUUCUUCAACUGGAGGCAAGAGUACUACAGCCAGCUUUGAGGUAAAAUUGCCCUCCGUCAAGGGUAAUGUCGCCGACGUCAUGUUUUUCUGUUGAAGGUGAAGGCGUUGUUUUGUAAAGAUCCGUGUGGAAAUCUCUGUUUCCAAAUCUUUGUCUACGUACCUUUUUUGGUGUUAACAACAUUUUGGCAUCUUGUGUUUUUAUUCUAUCAUAGCUGCUCUGGUGCUCUUGAACAAUUCUGAUAGUAAUACCCAAGUUAUAAAGAAAAAUCUCAGCUUCAUUAUUAACUAUUAUUUAUGAUUUGUUAACAUUUCUUGGGAGUGCACGAAUAUUUCCACCUUUUCUCGUUUCAA